AUGCUAGAGAUCCACGCUGAACCUGUUCCAGAGGCAGUCAAUGGGGAUGUCAACAUUCCUUUUGCUCUUUUUUCCUGGCUGCUCCGACAAGAGAACACCGACGCCGAAGUUUUGAUCUCCAUCGAACAGACUCAACACAAUAGUGGAGAAAUGUUUUUCACGAUGAAAGAGGAAUUCAAACUUGCAUCGGAAGAAAAUGUUCCUGUCUAA